UGCACCCGUUCGCUGGUUGUUGUAGCAACCAGAGCAUCCGCCUUUCGUGUAAUAAUCAGAGCAAGGGGAAAUCGGAUGAAUUAGUUCGUAUUUUAUAUGGAAUACGAGUUAAAAGAGUGACAUGGGCGGAUGUGUUUAUGCUGCAGUUAUCUUAUUUGUACUUUUUGCUAUCUUAUAGUAGCUACUAGGCGCAUUUGAAUUGCCGAAAAGCUGCAUUUCCCGUCCAGCACUAAUACCGUAGUUUUUCUGAAUUGUUGUCUAGCUACACUUUAUUCAAGCAUGUCGGCGGUCAGUAGCCUUGUCCCCGCACGAUUUCUCACCAUCAUAGCUCACCUCGUCAUCGUGAUCACAAUCUUUUGGUCGAGGGAAAAUAAUGUGAAAGCUUGUUUGCCUUUGGAUUUCACACAGGAGCAGUAUGACACUGAGGACAGACAGUUGGUGGUGGCAUUAUCAGUGACUCUCGGUCUGUUUGCUAUAGAGCUGGCUGGUUUCUUUUCAGGAGUGUCCAUGUUCAACUGUAGCCAAAGCCUCCUUUCACUGGCUGCCCACUGCAGCGGAUCAGUGUCUUUGUCUUUUUUUGUGUUUGAAAAGUGGGAAUGCUGGACUUACUGGGUUAUUUUUGCCACCUGCAGUGUUCUACCGGCUUUAGUGGAGAUUCUUCUGUUCAUAGCCGUUUUUGGACUGAAGAAGAAGCCUUUAUGAAGGAAAGUCCGGAUGUACGAUGGUACAAACCGAGAUUGGAUGUAGACAUCUGUCAGUUUGUUAGCAGAUAUACUGUAGCUACAGAAAAAGAGUGGAUACCAGACAUAUAUCAGAACAAAACACCAACAGUAAGGGAUGCAUAAAACACACUUUUAAAAUGUUUUUUAAUCUAUUUUUAUAUCAUUUGAAUAAAGUUGAUGUAGCAUACGUUUUUACCUUAUGUCUAUUUUUUGUAUGUUGGAACUGGAGUGUUUUGUUUAUAUAGUGUGUUUGUAGCGUCAGUUACUCUGUAAAAGUAAAUAAAGCUUGUAAUUAUUUUGUUGCUUUG